AUAAAUUUGAAAAAUACGACAGUUUUGUGAGAGAAAAACAUCAUGGUCACAUUGCAGCAGGUAAACUAGAAUCUGUGAACAAUAAACAACACUCCACGUUCUAUCUCAACGGAUUAUCGCUGGCUUCCAGUCUUGCCCUCCAUGUUCCCCCUCCAAAUUUCACACUAAAAACACCAUCAGAAUUCACACAUACACUGAUAUAUAGAUACAGAUAUAUAGAGAGAAAGAGAGAUUGGUAUGGCUUUUGUCCCUGCAGCAGAAUCCAUGUUCCCAAGCCAUGAAGAUGGCCAUCUUCCAUCCAUCACAAGGGGCGGCUUUUCGAUGUCUUGCGAUCCUCAAGACUUCCAUGGUGUAUCCCAAUUCUUGAUGAGGAGAUCCACGUCGUUUUCGGGGCUCAACCGGAGCGAGGAGGUGCCGGUCGAUGACGACAUGUCGGACGAUGGAUUGCAUCUUGGGGAGAAGAAAAAGAGAUUGAAGCUAGAACAGGUGAAGGCACUUGAAAAGAGUUUUGAAUUAGGUAACAAGCUUGAGCCUGAGAGGAAAAUGAAGUUGGCUAGGGCUUUAGGAUUGCAGCCAAGACAAAUUGCUAUAUGGUUCCAGAACAGAAGAGCAAGAUGGAAAACUAAACGAAUAGAGAAAGAUUAUGACAUUUUGAAGGGACAAUUUCAGGCUCUCAAGGCUGAUAAUGCUAACCUCAAGAAUCAGAAUAAGAAACUUCAAUCGGAGUUAAUGGUUCUGAAAAAUGGAGAAUCAACUAGACCUAUAAAUCUGAACAAAGAAAAUGAGUGCAUCUGGAGCAAUGGAAGUGAGAAUGGCUGUGACAUAAACCUAGUUGCAACAAAAGCAACACCAGCAGACAGCAAAUUAUAUUCUCAUCCAAGCAACAAACUGAAUAGUUCUUCGUCAAUGGGACCCAAAAGUCUAACACAACUACUACUCCAAAGUUCAUCAAGGGCUCCAGAUCUUCAUCAGGGCCACAAGAUUUCCACAAGUGAUGCGUUUUGCAACAUGUUCAGCAGCAUUGAGGAAAACCCAGAUUUUUGGGCAUGGCCAGAACAUUGAUGAAAGUUUCACAAUUAAGGUUUCCCUUUUGUUUUAUUUGUCUAAUACUAUGAUAAUUUCUUGUGUCAUAUUAGUAUUAAAUAAUGAAAGAUUUAUGUUAGUGCAUGCUAAUAUAAAAUGUGCAAGGUCAUCAGGGCCUUAAUGCACAGAAAAAAUAAAAAAGAUUCUCUGUUGGCAUUUAA